AUGGCGCCACUGACCACCAUGGGCACGAAUGGGUUGCGUAUGGCGAGCGCAAUGACGUGCACGGCGCGAGCGCGGGUGUCGGGAUCGGCGGCGUUGAGAAGGGCACUGCUCGCGCCGCUGGCAGCCGACGAGAUCUCGUCGGAGGACGCGUGGGGGAAGAUGGCAGAGAGGCCAUGGUGGGCGGGUGUUGACGAAGAGCGCACCCGCCAUGCCGGUGCCGAGCGCGAUGCCGAGCAUCUGGCUGACCAUCAUGAACCCGACGCCGUAUGGGAUAUCGUCGGCCGCCACGGAGACCUGCGCGACUGGAAACCCGGCCUGGGAGUAGCAGCCGUAUAUCUUGGCGUCGGGGGAUGUUUCGUCGACCGUAUCUGUGAAGCGGGGAAGGAACCCAGGUAA